UUGCAAAUUGUAAAUACAAAACAAAUGGCGACAUAAACGUCAUUUUCCUGAAAAAGAAAUUAUACUUAUUUACACUUUCAGGACGGAUUACCUUUACUCUGGUGUGGCCAACAGUUUUUCUGGCCUCAUGAACCUCGCAACUAAAACCGGGGACGAACAGUCUGACCUCCUGUUUGUGAAUUUUAAUCAAGAUUGCACGUCGCUAGCAGUUGGAACAAGAACCGGUUACAAAUUAUUUUCUUUGAGUUCGGUCGACAAGUUGGAACAAAUUUACGAUAAUGAAAGUGAAGACAUUUGUAUAGUUGAAAGACUUUUCUCCAGUAGUUUAGUUGCCAUAGUAAGUUUAUCCUCUCCAAGAAAAUUAAAAGUCUGCCAUUUCAAGAAGGGAACUGAGAUUUGUAACUACAGUUACUCCAAUUCUAUUUUAGCUGUGCGUCUAAACAGACAAAGGCUGAUAGUAUGUUUAGAAGAGAGUUUAUACAUCCACAAUAUACGGGAUAUGAAGGUUCUGCACACUAUCCGUGACACACCCCCUAACCCUCAUGGAUUGUGUGCUUUGUCCAUCAACAAUGACAACUGUUUUCUGGCAUAUCCAGGAAGUAACCAAAUUGGGGAGGUGCAAAUAUUUGACACAAUCAAUUUGAGGGCAGUAACCAUGAUACCGGCACAUGAUAAUCCCCUAGCAUCACUCGCUUUCAAUGCUCAAGGAACAAAAUUAGCUACUGCCUCUGAGAAGGGUACAGUUAUAAGGGUGUUCUCAAUCCCUGAUGGACAGAAGCUGUUUGAGUUCAGAAGGGGUGUGAAGAGGUGUGUGAGUAUAUAUUCCCUAGCCUUCAGUGCAGAUUCCCUAUUUCUGUCGGCAUCCAGCAACACAGAGACUGUACACAUAUUUAAAUUGGAGGCCCCCAAAGACAGGCCCACUGAACAGGAACCCCAGGGCUGGAUGGGCUAUUUCGGUCAAGCCUUGAAGUCCUCUGCUACCUACUUACCUAGUCAGAUGACCGAGAUGUUCAACCAGGGCCGAGCUUUUGCCACUGCCCGCUUACCCAACUCAGGAUUGCACAAUGUUUGUGCUCUGGCCACGAUUCAAAAGGUCCCAAGACAGCUGGUUGUUUCACAAGAUGGUUAUCUGUACAUUUAUAACCUGGAUCCCAAUGAAGGUGGAGAGUGCAUGCUUCUACGACAACACAGGCUUGAUGGCAGAGCAGGGGAUAGUCCUGUGCCAGAUGUCACCUCUCCUGAUCGACCUUUAACCCAUCCCUCAACUGGAACAAGUUAUGCUUCUUCGGUCAAGAAACCUGAGUCUUCAGUUGUACCUCCAGAAUCACAACCAUACCAAGAACUCGAGCACGGAACCACAGGGCAGGAAGGGGAGGGUCCAGGCCUGGGUCAUCUAAGACUGGAUGAUGAUAAUGAGUUUCCUCCUAUGACACAUAAGAGUGAUUAAAGAAAUACUUGUCAAUCAUUCAAUACAGCAAAAAUACAUGAUUGAAAUGAAAUGGAAGUACAUUUACUCCAUCUUGUAGACUAUUUUUUCUGGGUCAGUGUGACACUUAGACCAAGAACAAAGGUACGAUACACAAGUAUUCAUAUUUGUGGGAUUUUUCUUUUGUCACACUUGGUUGUUUACAGUUGUGCAAUGUUCAACUAAUUGCAUUAAAUAUGGAUUGUAAAAAUAUGGUUGAGGGUGCAUUUUUUGUACCAAAUGCAGUGAUUAGAAAUUUGUAAUGAACUUAAACAACGUAAUUAGAUAAAACAUAUGUGUGUCAGAAGUACAGUUAAUGUCAAGAUAUUUAUUUGAAAGAAUACAAAGUAUUUUUUUUUUUAAUUUCCAGAAGAUAAGAACGAGAAGUAAAAUGAAGCAUAUGAUAAACUCAAUCUAAUCUGUCAAGGAUUUUUUUUUUCUGUUUUUUUGUUUUUGUUUUUAUGAUGCAAGGCCAACAGGCUGUACUUAUGCAUUAUUGUGAAUUAAUUUUUUUAAUAGAAAAAAAUAUACCUAAAAUACAUGUACAUGUAUCUGUAUUUUAAUCCAGUAAAUGCAAUGAUUAUACUUCUCUGGUGCAUGCAACCAAAAGUGGACAAAAAUUCUUAGGGUACUGAUUAUCAUAUAAAAUGCCUAUGGGUUGGGCAAUAACUUUUCAUUUAGAUCCACUCCAUGUAAACUUGUGGUACAAGGGGAAAAAACACAAACAUGAAAGACUGUAGGUGCAUUUGAGUUCAAGCAAGCCAUGCAUUACUUAGUAGACCUUGAAAUAAUUUCCCUUUUGUCUACUGGAUAAUUACAUUUAGUGGAAGAAAGAAAUACCAUGCUUAAAAAAGAGAAAGAAAAGCAUUUUCCAUCCCUAAAAAAACUGAAUGUAGAUGAAUAAACACAUGUAAAACAUGUACAAGUGUGUAUUGUGUAACGUUGUUGUUUUGUAGCCUGAUGUGCUCUUGUAAAGAUUUUUUUAUGCUUAAACAAAGGAUAAGUUUAUAAAUAUCCAUGUUUAUGCACAUGAUGUGUAAAAGAUUUUCACAGUAUACUAAAUGUCUUCUUUCACUGUGUUUUUACAAUUUUUAUUGUGCUAAACAAGUGGAAUUUACUUCUUGAACAUUCUUUGUGAUUAAUUUUCUGUCUUCCAAGUUUGUUUUCUGUACAAUGUAAAGUAAAUCCAACCUCCCUUUUAAUUACAGAAACUUUAAAGCAAUUGAAAUAUUUAUUUCAUCAAUUGUGUGAAUGGAGGUAUUGCUAAGAAUAUGUGAUAAUGAAAGAUUGGAGAGGAAUUUUUCAUUGUUGUUUUUUUUUUAUAGGCAUACAUUAUAGGAUGUCAUCUGUUAUUUGUUUAUGUUGUCUAUGAUAAAUUCAUCUCAGAAUUGUGCAGACCUAAAGGAAUAAAUCAGACAUUGUUGAACUAUGUACAUUGGUGGAAAUAUUUAUAAACAUACUACUCCAUUUGUAUUUUGAUUUCUUUUGUUUGAGCUGAUUUUAAUUUCAUUAUCAUAUCCACUCCAUCAUUAAAGAGAGAACAGAG